AUGGAAACAGAGAUAAACCUAACAAACCUUAUAAAAACAUGUAACAAAAUAAAUCAAGAUUCAUUCGAAUUAAUUUCCGAAAAACAAACAAUUUCUCUAACAAAUAUACCAGAUUUAGAAACAAACCAAACAAUAAAUUCUAUAACUUUAUCUUCUUACAUAACCCAAAAUGGAAAUUAUACAAUUAAAACGCCACCUAAUUAUGAUGGAAUAAAAGAAGUGAACCUCAAAAUAGAUGUACCUCCUAAAACAGAAGAUAUGUUAGUAAAAUUAAUAAACCAGAAUGGUCAACAAUCGUUCUUUCCUGAACCAAAUCAUACUUUCAAUCAAGUAUCAAUAACAACAGAUGUCAGACCACCUCUUCAAACACUAACACAUACAUUCACAAAUAAUGGAAAUUACACCCUCAAACCAGACGAAAAUCAUUACGGACUAAAAGAGGUCAAUACAACAAUAAACGUACAACCUGCCCUACAAUCAAAAAACAUAUCAAUCCAACAAAACACUACAACAACUUACACACCAGAUUCAAAUUAUUCUGGAUUUUCAGAGAUUACAAUAACCACAAAUAUACCAGAAGAAACACAUAUAUUCAACAAACUAUAUUAUUCAAAUGGAAGUACAAUCUCUCCAAUCAACUAUCCCACUCUCAUAAUAGACCUUCCUACCAACACAGAAGAAUCCAGUUGGUCGGAACUCAACAUUCCCUACUCGGAAAAGACAACACUUGUAAGAUC